AUGUACCCAUACCCAAGUGGUGAUCUUCACAUGGGUCAUGUACGAAACUAUUCGAUUGGUGAUGUUCUAGCACGCUAUAAGCAGUUGAAAGGCUUUAAUGUGCUCCAUCCAAUCGGAUGGGAUGCUUUUGGUCUCCCUGCUGAAAACGCUUCGAUUGAAAAAAAAAUACAUCCUGCCAAGUGGGUCUUUUCUAACAUUGACAGAAUGAGGGAACAACUUCAACAGUUAGGAUUUUCAUAUGAUUGGAGUAAGGAAGUUUGCACCGCACAAUCUGAUUACUAUCGAUGGGGACAAUGGAUUUUCCUCAAAUUCUAUGAGAAAGGACUUUUCUAUCGGAAAAAGAGUGCUGUCUUUUGGGACCCUGUUGACAAAACGGUUCUUGCUAAAGAACAGGUCCAUGAGGGAGUAGCUUGGCGAUCUGGAGCCGUGGUUGAACGAAGAGAAAUUGAACAAUGGUAUCUCAAAAUAACCGAUUAUGCUCAAGAGCUCCUUGAUGAGCUUGACCAGAUGGGCGGCUGGCCAGAAAGAGUUAAAAACAUGCAAAGAAAUUGGAUUGGUAGAAGUGAAGGUGCCUUAAUCAAUUUCACUUGCCAAGGAAAGAAUUUUCCCAUUUACACGACUCGCCCAGACACACUUUUUGGUGUAUCUUUCAUGGGGAUUGCUUUUGAUCACCCCGACUUACUGAAUUAUUUAAUUGGCAAUGAAGAUCAUCAUAAAAAAAUCAAAAAAUUUGCUGAAGAUUGCAAAAAAAUUGAUCAAAACUCUGAUUAUGUUCAAGAAGGAAUUUUUACUGGCAGUAUGAUUAUCCAUCCUUACACCCAAGAAAAAAUACCACUCUAUGUUACGAACUUUGUUCUAGCCGAAUAUGGGACUGGUACCAUUAUGGGUGUGCCUGCACAUGAUGAAAGAGACUUUGCUUUCGCCAAGAAAUAUGGACUCUCCAUUAUUACAGUGAUUAAAAAACCCUCCAAUUUAGAGGUUUCUGAUAAUAAAGCUUACACUGGUGAAGGAAUGCUGUGUAAUUCACACCCUUUCAAUGAUCUUCCUAAUAAAGAAGCCAUUGGCAAAAUUAUUGAUGAUCUAGAAAAAAAAAAAUUAGGUGAACGCAAGGUUCAAUACAAGUUAAAAGACUGGCUUAUUUCAAGACAACGUUAUUGGGGUAAUCCAAUUCCCAUGCUUAAAAAUGAAAAUGGGGAAUUCAUUCCUGAAGAUUUUUCUAAUUUACCAGUUAUUUUGCCUCUUGAUAUAAAAUUCACUAGUGGAAUCAAUCCACUUGAAAAAAAUCAAGACUUUACACAAGUAAAAAGAGAUGGUAAAGCCUAUCAUCGAGAAACCGACACAAUGGAUACCUUCACCUGCUCUUCUUGGUAUUUUCUUCGUUACCUUGACCCUCAUAACGAAGAACAACCCUUUAAAUCGGACAUUGCAAACAAAAUGAUGCCAGUCGACCAAUACAUUGGUGGGAUCGAACAUGCUUGUAUGCAUCUUCUUUAUGCAAGGUUUUUCCAUAAAGCUCUUCGUGACAUCGGUCUCCUUCAAUCCAAAGAGCCGUUUCAAAGAUUACUCACCCAAGGCAUGGUAGUGUCACCUUCGUACUUUUCACCCAAAGCAAAUAAGUAUUUUUUCCAGCAUGAAUUGGGGAAAAACCCAAAGACUUGCCCUGAAACAGGAGUCCCCUUGGUUAUCAAAAUGGAAAAGAUGAGCAAAUCCAAAAAUAAUGGGGUUGAUCCUCUUAAGAUGAUUGAUAAAUACGGAGCAGAUAGUGUACGCUUGUUUAUUCUUUUUGCGGCUCCAGCAGAAAAGACCUUGGAAUGGAAUGAAAGCGGGAUUGAGGGAUGCCAACGUUUUAUUUUAAAACUGGUUCGCUGGUCACAGAUGAUCUUUUUACUUAAAAACUCAGUUGAGGGAUCAACUUCCUCAAUUCAAAAAAAAGAAUCCCAUCAAAUCAUUGAAGAGUUAAACACUCUUCUUGAUCGUACAAUUGCCAAAGUAGAAGACGACAUUGAGAAAUUUCACUUCAAUACUGCCAUUUCCAGUUUGAUGAUUUUUAUAAAUCAGGCUUCAGCUAAGAAAAUUAAUCCACACCACCUUCAUGAUGCUUUAGAAAUUUUGAGAAAAUUUGUAACUAUUCUCUCCCCCUUCGCUCCAUUUAUCUGUGAAGAAAUUUACAAUAAAGUCCUUUCUAAAAAAGGCGAAUCUGAGAAAAAAAGUUUGAAAGAUAGUAAUUGGCCUCAUUACAAGAAGAACUCUUUAAAAUUGUCUGUAGUGGUCGUUCCUAUUCAGAUCAAUGGCAAGGUAAGGGGUAAAAUCAAAACCACAGCCGAUCUUGAUCAAGAAGAGCUUGUUAAACUUGCCAUGCAAGAAAAAAAUGUUCGAACUUGGCUUACUAAUAAAACUAUUGUUAAACGAAUUGUGAUUCCCAACCGUUUAAUCAAUUUUGUUAUCAAGUGA